CCUCCUGUUGCACAACUAUGUAAGAUGAGUAAAGGGAAUACAUUAGCUCGCUUCUGGUCCAUUCGGAAUGAAAUAAAAAUGUUUUUACAACAGCUGACAAGUCAGCGGGCCACACAGUUUUUAAUGUUUUUGCAAGAUGACCUCAAUAUGGACAUGGUGGCAUUUUUGGUCGACAUCACAGCACACCUUAAUGAGCUUAACUUAAAGCUUCAGGGACCAAACAACUUAAUCUCUGAUCUGAUGGCAGCCGUCCGCUCCUUCCAGAAAAAGCUGGAAAUUUUCAAAUUUGAUCCUCAAAAAGAAUGCUUCACUUCCCAAGAGUAAAGGAGCAGAUUCAAGAUGAAAGAGACAAGAUUCUUUACACUGACUCUAUCGAAAAGUUGAUGAGAAACUUCAGUCAAAGAUUUGACAGCUUCACCCUGGGAAAACACCUCCUCUUGCUGAUCCUGAAUCCGUACCUCAUCAGAGAUGUCAGGGAAUUUUCAAAAGAGGCAGCACAGACAUUCAAGUGGGUACAUCCUGCUUGUCUACAACUGCAGCUCACUGAUCUGCAUGCAGAUGUUGCACUUGGGGAGCAUUUUGAAGCAGGUGACCCUGCUACUUUCUGGCAACAAAUUGUGCCUGAGGCUGCUUACCCUGAUCUUACCAAGACCAUGUUUGGAUUGACUUAUAACUGUGAGUCAGCAUUCUCCGUCAUGAACAAUAUAAAAAACAAGCACCGUUCCACGCUAACCAACGAACAUCUUCACAUGUGUAUGAGAAUGGCACUAACCACAUUCAAACUCAGAUUCAAGCUGCUGAUAGAGCAUUCAGACGCACAUUUCAAGAAAAAAAAUGUGAACCUCAAACAGAAUGUAAAAACUGACUGUUAAAGAGAGUGCAUAUGUUUA